AUGGACGAGCAUUUUGAUAGUCCACCGGGGGAGGGGAUGGACGAGGACUUGGAUCUGCCAGACGAAAGGAAGGUUGGGACACUCCUGAGAAUGUUGAUGAAGCACUUGAUCAGUCCUUGUUCUCUUACACUUCCCUCAAACUUCCAGGGGGAAAGCAGAAUCAGCACUGUGACCUUUCCCUCUGCGACGAUGUCCAAAACAUCAGUUGUCUUUUCCGACUAA